GUAGAUGAGAAAAACAUGAGGAAAACAGCAGAAAAACAAUUCAACAUUUGUCUCGUCUUGUUCACCGCAUUUCCCUCUUAAUCCCAUCCGAGAUCCUCUUCCUCCCAUCUCCGUCUUCCGCCUGCUUCGCCACCGUGCCGCUACUCUCCCUCUUGCGCUUCUAAUCGGUCCGCUGUAUUCCGUCGAAACCCUAGCUCGAAAUUACGGCUGAUUCUGAAGUAAAAAAGAUUUGUUCUUUCCUCUAUUUCUUUUUUGCUGGUAAAGUACAUAGAAGAGCAUGUCACGAGAAAGGACUAGACGUAUCACACUUGCACCAGCUGAAGAGACUAUUGAGAAGAUUAAGAAAGUUGUAGAGGAAGGCAACUUCUAUGGCGCUCAACAAAUGUAUAAGUCUCUUGGUUCCAGGUAUGCUUCGGCUGACAGGUACUUAGAAGCCUUGGAUAUUUUUCACUCAGGGGCUUGCUUACAAUUAGCAAAUGGACAGGUUACAUGUGGUACUGAGCUUGCUGUCUUGUUUGUGGAGAAUCUUGUUAAAGGAAAGAUCGCUUAUGAUGAUGACACACUUGAUCGUAUCAGGCAAAUUUACAAGAAGUUUCCACGAAUAUCUGUGCCGCAAAAUUUGGACCUAGCAGAUGAUGCUGAUAUGCAGCAACUCACUGAAGCUCUAGGAGCUGCAAAAACACGUGCUGAGGGUUGCUCAUCAUUCUUGAGAGCUGCUAUCAAGUGGUCUACAGAAUUUGGAGGUCAGAGGAAUGGAUCUCCUGAAAUUCAUGACAUGCUAGCUGACUACCUAUACACAGAAUCGCCUGAGUUGGAUAUGUCCAAAGUAACGUAUCAUUUUGUUCGAGGGAAGAAUCCAAAGAAGUUUGCUCUAACUCUAGUCAAUUUCAUGGGCAAGUGCUAUCCUGGUGAAGACGAUCUUGCUGUUGCACGUGCAGUUCUGAUGUACUUAGCUCAAGGUAAUCUCAGAGAUGCUAUUAUCCUUAUGGAUGAGAUUAAGAAGCAAGUGCAACAAUCUGAAGGAGUCAAUUUUCCUCAAUCUGAUCUAAUGCAGUUCACCAAUUUUCUUCUAGAAACGUUGCAGAGAGACGCUUUGCCUCUCUUCAAUAUGUUGGUUGAUCGUUACAGGCAAAGUAUAAGCAGGGAGCCUCUCUUUAACGAACUGCUGGAUGAAAUCGCGGAGAAGUUCUAUGGAGUACGACGUAGAAAUUCCAUGCCGGGAGGAAUGUUUGGGGAAAUUUUCAAGAUGAUGGCAGGAGAAUAGUAGUAACUUGCAAUUUGCGAUGAGAUAAAUUAUGAUAGAAAUUGGUAAAAGUCGAUACUACUUAAAAGUUUAACUAUGAUUUUUGUUCUUGUUUAUAGUUUGCCUUUUUAUGGGCAAGGAACACAACUUUUUAUUAGUUCAGAAAACCUGUGACAAAUGGUUUCCUGUUUGUUGUUUUAAAUUUUUUUUUGGGUACACCAACUUGAUCGAUUAGUUUUUUCACAGAAAAAUACAUGAACUUUGUUCUUGAUA